AUGGCCGAGUCUUACGAGUUCACUGUCUAUCGAGGCACUUUCAUUCAGCUUCCCCGGGUGGACGUCAGCCGAACCAAGCCGGAACUCGUUCGCAAUCGCGGUGCCCUAUGGGUCUCGUCUUCUGAUGGUCGUAUCAAGGGCUUUGACUGGCAGGUUCGGGACGAUGCAAGUUUUCAAGCGCUGAUGAGCCGCAAUGGCUGGGUCGACGUUGAUGCGGCUGUCAAUGGCAACGGCAACGGCGUCACUGGAUCAACUGUCAAAGUCAAGAUUGUCACUGCCACCGAAGACAGGAAUGAGUUUUUCUUCCCCGGAUUCAUUGAUACCCAUAUCCACGCGCCUCAAUUCCCGAAUGUCGGGCUAUUUGGUUCUUCCACUCUUCUAGACUGGCUGGAAACAUACACCUUCCCCGUGGAGUCAGGAUUUGGCUCUAAAUCAGACCCCAAAAACCAAGCCAAGAAUCCCAAAGAUGCACCACCUUCUGCUCUGCGCAUCUACGAUCAGGUUGUGGCUCGCACUCUUUCCCACGGCACAACCUGCGCCUCCUACUUCGCCACAGUCCACGUUCCGGCAACCAAUGCUCUCGCCGCGCUCUGCCACUCACGCGGCCAGCGCGCCUUCAUCGGCCGAACCUGCAUGGACAAUCCAGACUUCUGCCCAGAAUACUACCGCGACCAAUCGGCCGACGACUCGAUCAGCGCAACAAGAUCAACAAUAGAGUACAUCCACACUCUCGAUCCAAAGGGAACUCUAGUCAAACCAAUCGUCACACCUCGCUUCGUGCCAACCUGCACCCGUCCGGCCCUGGAAGGCCUGGGCAAACUAGUCGCAGAGUACAACCCACCCCUCCACAUUCAAACGCACAUCUCCGAAAACACAAACGAGAUCGCUCUCGUCAAGGAACUUUUCCCCGAAUGUCCCAGCUACGCCUCCGUCUACGACACGUACAACCUCCUCACCCCGCGUACAAUCCUCGCCCACGCAGUCCACCUAACAGCCGACGAGCGUGCGCUGGUUCGCAAGCGCGAUGCUAAAGUCUCCCACUGCCCCGCUUCAAACGCAGCUCUCGGCUCCGGAAUCGCUCCCAUCCGCGUCAUGCUCGACGAGGGUAUCACCGUCGGUCUCGGAACUGACGUGAGCGGCGGAUACAGUCCCAGUAUCCUGGAAGCCGCGCGCCAGGCUUGCCUCUCAUCCCGGCUUCUGGGCCAUACAACCGGCCACGUGGAAUGCAAGCCGGUGAAUGGAUUCGAGAAAACCGAGGGAAGAGAAAAGCUCUCCGUCGCUGAGACACUGUACCUUGCAACCCGCGGCGGCGCCGCAGUCGUUGACAUGGCGGAUGAGAUUGGCGGGUUUGAGGAGGGCAUGAUCUGGGAUGCGCAGCUGAUUGAGCUUGGGGGUAUGAAGGAUCUGGGUCAUUGUCCGCUUGAUGCGGUUUCUAAUGGCAGUGGAAGUCUCGUCAAGCCUGGCCCUGUGGGGAAUGUUGAUCUCUUUGGGGCUGAGACUUGGGAGGAGAAGAUGCAGAAGUGGGUUUGGAGCGGAGAUGAUCGCCAUACUAAGGCUGUCUGGGUUGGUGGACGGUUGGUUCAUCAGAGGGCUUAG